CGACUCCCAGGAAUCGGACGUGAGAAGGGAGGAAAGGCCGGAAAACAGGAAAAUACGAGGAAAAUAAAGGGGAAUCCCCCUGGAUAUCACAAAAACAUGCCUUGGCAAGGACCUCGCUUGCUCUGGCUCCACUGCCGUCGGAACUGGCGGAGUUGCAGAUACAGAAGUGGGAGCCCAAUAAUGCAGCUCUCUGUUGCUUGGAGUCGAUAUCAGAGGAUCCCGUAAUUCUGGAUUUCUUCGAAAGGCGGUGGGAGUAGUCCUUCUCGCUACUCCCAGCUAUUAUAUCUCUAAAUGAACCUAAAGAAUAUCAUAGCAACAUCAUAUCAAUCCAUAUCGAUCUAGACCCCCUAUGAUUAGCUAAUUGUUUUUAAUGUGGAAUUCUUUUGUAUUUAUAUUGGAAAACAAAUGUGAUUUUAUGUAAAUAAACGAAAUUAAACUUAUCAAG